AUGGAGGGUUACCGUAGAUGCAACAACUGUGGCAAGGAAGGCCAUUUUGGGAAGGAUUGUCCCACUCUUGCUAGGGCAGCAGCAUGCCCUCCAGUUCAGGCUUCUCACCAACACCAGCGGAGAGAUAGAGGCAACAGGCCUCAAGCGACAGGCAGGGUAUAUGCCAUGACCGGAGCAGAGGCUGCAGGCUCAGGUAAUCUUGUUAUGGGACGAUGCAUGAUAGCGGGUGAAUCUUUGUGUGUACUGUUUGAUUUUGGAGCGACACACUCAUUUGUGUCAAUUGCUUGUGUGGAGCGUUUGGGUCUGUCGGUGCGCGAGCUACAGUGUAAACUUCCAGUAUCUACCCCGGCGUUAGGUCUGGUCAGGACGUCGUUCUUGUGUGCUAGGCUUCUAGUAGAGGUAGAGGAACGCAAGUACAAAAUAGAUCUGAGAUCGGGUUACCACCAGAUUUUAGUGAAGGCUGAUGAUGUGCAGAAGACGGUCUUCAGAUCCAGAUAUGGCCACUAUGAAACUCAGGAGGAGCACGCAGAACAACUGAGGUUGGUGCUUGAUGUUUUCAGAGAGAAGUAG